GCAAUAAUGAAUACCGAGGCAACCCAAGGGGUAAAAUAUCUUUGGGACUAAAUUUGACAUAAUUUACGACAUUAAAUCAAAAUGGAGGCCGACGACACUGACGAGCCUCAGACAGAUAUUUGUCGUGUGUGUAGAUGUGAGGGGACGACUGAUAAGCCAUUGUAUCAUCCCUGUGUCUGUACUGGCAGUAUCAAAUUUAUACAUCAAGACUGUUUGGUACAAUGGUUGAAGUACAGCAGAAAGGAGUUUUGCGAACUUUGCAAACAUCGGUUUGCAUUCACACCAAUAUAUUCACCAGAUAUGCCAAAGAGGUUACCUAUAAAAGAUAUAGUGAGUGGGUUGUUAGCCAGUGUAGGGAAGGCAGUCAGAUACUGGUUCCAUUAUACACUUGUCACAUUUGCUUGGCUAGGUGUGGUACCAUUAACAGCUUGUCGUAUAUACAGAUGUUUGUUUACAGGAUCAGUUAGUUCACUUUUGACCCUACCUUUAGACAUGUUAUCUACUGAAAACAUAGCAUCAGAUUGUUUCCAUGGUUGUUUUGUUGUGGCCUGUACGUUAUGUGCUUUCAUCAGCCUGGUCUGGCUACGUGAACAGAUCCUGCACGGGGGAGGGCCGGACUGGUUGGAACAGGAUGUGCCUGGAGCACAACAGAGGAAUCCGAUAGAUAUUGGAGUAGUAAAUAAUCUUGUUGGUUUGGGAGGGGGCGGUGUUAGAGAAGGAGCAGCCAAUGAGAAUGAAGAUAACAAUGCUGAAGCAGCCAAUGAGGCAGAAGAAGAGGUUGAAGAGGAAGGUGCUGAUAAUGCAAAUAAUGCAGCUCAAGAUGACAACAACUGGAAUCCUAUAGAGUGGGACAGAGCCGCUGAGGAGCUUACUUGGGAGAGGCUUCUUGGAUUAGAUGGUUCUCUCGUUUUCCUCGAACAUGUAUUUUGGGUGGUGUCUCUCAACACAUUGUUCAUCCUUGUGUUUGCAUUUUGUCCAUACCAUAUCGGUCACUUCACAAUGAUAGGGAUGAAAAUGGGAGACAUGGUUGAAGCAUCACAUUUUGAAGGUUUAUUGACAACAUUAAUUGGUUACAUUGUUAUUGCUUUCUCCCUUAUCUUCCUGUAUGCCGUCUGCUCCUUGAUCAGACUGAAGAGGUUCCCACGUGUGUUUGGUCUGUGUUACGUGGUUGUCAAGGUGAAGUUACUGGUUGUCAUAGAGAUAGGAGUGUUCCCACUGAUUUGUGGCUGGUGGCUAGAUAUCUGCUCUCUGUCAAUGUUUGAUGCCACACUGAAGGAUCGUAAGACAAGUUUUCAUGUAGCGCCUGGUACAUCAAUGUUUAUUCACUGGCUGGUCGGCAUGGUUUACGUGUUUUAUUUUGCUUCAUUUAUCCUUUUAUUGAGAGAGGUGCUAAGACCUGGUGUACUCUGGUUCCUAAGAAAUCUCAACGAUCCGGAGUUUAACCCCAUACAAGAGAUGAUUCAUCUACCAGUAUACAGACACACACGUCGGUUUGUUGCCUCAGUGAUCAUUUUUGGAAGCACGGUAAUGCUGAUGUUAUGGCUACCUGUAAGAGUGAUCAGAAAAGUGUUCCCAGGAUUUCUGCCAUAUAAUGUCAUGUUGUCAAGUGAUGCUCCUGUGAGUGAACUAUCCCUGGAACUUCUCUUGUUGCAAGUGGUGUUACCAGCUUUGUUAGAACAAGGUCAUACGAGGAUGUGGCUGAAGGGUCUAGUCCGAGGCUGGACUAUGUGUGUGGCAUGGAUGCUAAAUUUACGAUCAUAUCUGAUAGGGGAUGUUCAGCUUGAAGCACACGAUAAUGUUAUACAAGGAGAUGCUGCUGCAGUCCCAGCAGCCCCUCCAGCUGGUAACCAAGGCAACAAUGCUGAGAACAAUGCUGCACCCCCUCCUGCCCAGCCAGGAGGUCUGGGAGCUGCACACCAGGCCAUGCUGCAGGGUGGUGGGCCAACCGGUUUCCAGUCUUACAAGAGGCCAAAACUGUUUUACUUUAGGAUUGUGUUAUUGGUAGCGCUGAUGUGUUUUACAUUGUUUGCAGCCAGUGUUGUAUGUCUUAUACUGCCAGUAUUUUUUGGACGCAAGUUGAUGUCAUUGUGGAUGGGAGAUGCAAAAAUACAUGAACUGUACACAGCUGCUUGUGGGUUAUAUGUGUGUUGGUUAAUAUUGAGAAUAGGAACUGUGCUUUACAACUGGAUACCACAGGGAACUGCAGCCAUUCUAAAUAAACUCAAACAGUGGCUUAUUUUGGCACUCAAGUCACUGUUUGUAGCAGUGAUAUUGAUGGGUGUGGUACCACUGUUACUGGGACUUUUGUUUGAGCUAGUGGUGGUUGCUCCUUUGAGGGUUUCUCUUGACCAGACACCAGUCUUCUUUCCCUGGCAGGACUGGGCAUUAGGAGUUUUACAUACAAAAAUAAUAUGUGCUGUUACAAUGAUGGGUCCACAGUGGUGGCUGAAACGUGUCAUAGAACAGGUGUAUAACGAUGGAUUACGCAACAUGAAUCUCAAGUUUAUUCUUUACAAGUUAUGUUUCCCUGUCAUUGGUGUGCUAGGCAUGUCGUUAUCAGUUCCAUAUGUUAUAGCAAGAAGUGUAGUUCCAGCAUUAGGUUUUGAUUUUGAAGUACAGAACUUAAUGUUACGAAGAAUUUACCCAUUCCUGUUGGCUUGUGUAGUGAUGGUGUUUGUUUGUGUUUUCCAAGCUAGACAGUUUAAACGACUUUAUGAACAUAUUAAAAAUGACAAAUAUUUAGUGGGUCAGAGACUAGUAAACUAUGAUCCUAAACGUUUGGUUAGACGAGUUACAACAGAGCAGACGGCAAAAACAUGAAACUUCCUAUAAGAGGCUGUGCGGCAUUACACACUUCCUGUUAUAUAAUGGUCUAGUCAUACGAGAGUGCUGUAUUGUAGGAAUUGAUAAAGAAUUUUAUUUUCUGCUAAUAAAGUACUGCUAAAUUCUGUCUGUCAUUUAUUGGACAGUCAAUCAUGUAGGUCCAUAAUACAACUAAGUAUGGCAAGGAUUUUUAAUAGUUAACACAUAACCUGGUACUAAGAUAAUAUGUUUGAUUUGUGCGUUAUCAGUUUUAGUGCAAUAGUUUGGUAAUAUUCCUGACGAGGAAAGGACAAAAGUGAAAUAUAAAUGUAUACAUCAUGGCAUCAGGAUGAAAAUAUUGUAUCUUCGUCUGUUAAUUUACAGUUAUACAGUAAUACAUGCAUUGCACCAGUGUGACAAUACCUAUGAGUAUUGUCAGAAUUAAAUGACAAAUAUCUGAGACAAGGCUUUGUGGACGUGAAAACGGUUUUACUAAUGACAAACUUCUGGGACAAGUCUUUGUUGUGAGAACAAUUUUACUAAUUAUUUAAUAAAAGUUUCAGUUAUUAAAUGCAUAUGGUUUGUUGGAGUUUUUUUUGGUCAUACAGGGACAAUUGUAUAUUAGUACUAUACUAGAAAAAGUGAUUGGUCUAGUCCCUCUUUCAUUUGAUGGGUCCCAAAUAAUAAAAAAUUUUUUACAAAGGGAGUGAUUUAGCUGCUAUUUUUGGGUGUUUUGCUAACUGAUUUUUCCUUACUUCCCUGUUUUGCUUUUAUAUUAAGGUAGCUAUGUGUGUGUGGAUAUAUUUUUCUAAAGUUUAGAAUUUGAUAAAAAAACAAAAAACUUAAGAUCUUACACAUAUACUGAGAAAUUCAGUGAUUAAAAAUGGAAGGAUUUUAUAACUUAUAUUUUUUUUAACUUCAAAAUUCUGAGUUUUAUGUUAAGGUAGCUGUGCAGUUUUGAAAUUAUAUUUGUACAGGGUAAAACCAAAUGAAAGCAUGGACUUAAUAACUAAAGUAUAUCUAAAAACUAUUGUGUGAUUAAAAUGAUAAGAUUUUGUAACAUUUCAACAGUGUACCAUUUAUUAUCAUAUGAGCCGUGCCAUGGGAAAACCAACACAGUGGCUUGGCGACCAGCAUGGAUCCAGACCAGCCUGCGCAUCCGCGCAGUCUGGUCAGGAUCCAUGCUGUUCGCUUUCAAAGACUAUUGUAAUUAGCGAAACCAUUAGCGAACAGCAUGGAUCCUGACCAGACUGCGCGGAUGCGCAGGCUGGUCUGGAUCCAUACUGGUCGCAAACCCACUAUGUUGGUUUUCUCAUGGCACGGCUCAUAUGAUCUUUUUGAAAAUACAGAAUAUUCAGGACCUUCACAAAGAUAGGAAACUUUCAGUCAUACUGGGCAUGUAGAUACUAGAUACACCAUCUUAUUUUUUUGUGUUAAAUGCAUGUAUAUAGCUUUUAAUGUAUUUAUAAAAGAUAUUUUAUGUGUGAUAUAAGAUAUCUUAUACAUUAGGCUAUAAGAAACACAAACGCUUGGGUGUUUAGACAAGUCAGACCGUGUCAAAUACCUAGCCCUUCUCUACACAUACCAUGAGCAUAGCUUACAAAAUCUAACAGCUGUUGUCAGUGUAGUACAAUAAUUGAAAAUUUCAAAAUAACACUAUCAAAGCAAUAUAUACUUCAAGAUACCAAACUAUCAAUUUUCGACUUGCUAAUAUUUGUUAUUCCUGACUGGCUAAUUAACCAGUCAAGCACAUUACAGCAAACUGAAACAUAUUUAAAAUAAUUUAUAUUCAAUUAUUUGAAUGUCCCAGUCACGAAUUUUGAGUCAAACCUUUUGCAAAGUUUGGUAUCUUGCAACUUGACAAAGUCUUAAUUUCUAUAAGUAACAUUGAAAAAUUCGUAAACCAGUGUUUAUUUAAGUUUUAUAUUUUUAUUCAGUUUGAUUAAACUAUGUCAAAAUUCCUAUUCUUUAACAUUUGUAUUGAGUGACUAACAUGGUACAUAGCUUUUGUAUUUAUUUUAUGGAUAAGUACUGCUAAAACUCAUUGAAUAACUGUGCAUAAUUGUUUUGUCUAUUAGUACUGUAAAAUCUGAUAUUUUUGUGAUACAAAAAUUUCAAAAUUUUGAAAUUAGAAUUUGUUUGCAAGGUAGAAUAUGUGUGGUAUAUGGCAAGUUGAAACACAUUUAAAAAGAAAAAUGGCACUUUUGUGAGCUCUUAUUUUAAGGAUAAAAGGGAGUCAGUGAAUAUACUGAAAAUAUAUCCCUUGUGAAUUUUCAACAGAAUUGAAUAAAAACUAGAGGUAUCAUAUCAUAUUGAUGCUAACUUUACUAACAAAAUAAGUAUUCUUAUAUGGUGACUUAUCUAAUAUAUAACCAUUUUGUACAAAAUACAAAUUCUUUAUGGUAAGGUUUGUUGAUAGAUAAACAUUUUGUAAGAGGCAUUUUGUUGUUUUUCAUAAUUUGCUUUUUUAUUUCGAUGUAAAUGAGAUGUGAAACCAAAAUUUGUAGUCCUGUUUGGCGCCAUAUAGCCUAUACUGUGUUGGUGCGCCGUAAAACCCAAAUAAAUAAAUAAAUAAUUUGCUUUCUAUUUACAUUUGUAUUUAUUUAAUGACCUAAACUUAAGGUUCUUUUGUUAUUUUUCAGUUGUUGUGUAUUGUUUCUUCUCUUUUAACAUUUCUUAAUUUAAUCAGAAUAUGAUAGUUUGGUCAGUAUCUUCAAGCAUUCCUUUGUAUAGAAUCUGCUGGCUCAAAAAAUGUAUACUGUGUACAUGUUGUUUUUUUCUUUGUUUCUUUGUUGCAGAAUUAUUUGAUGCUUUAAAUCACUUUGAAUUCAUGCGAAUUUUAUUUUGUAAAUUUGCUCUAUCUGAUUUGUUCUAUUUUCUAAAUGUAGCAUUCUUGACUUGAGAAAAUGGAAACUCAAAAUGUAUUUGGAUACACGUAACAAAUCUAUGGCGAAAACAUUUAAUUGGUGAGAAAGGAAACUUGCAAAUAUUAGCAAAAAUAUUCUUUUUGCUGAUAAGUAUUUUACAGAAAUGGGCAUAGCUAAAAAAAUGCAUUGUACAGGUCCCUUAACCUUGUAUUGCAAUUUUACAAAAUUAUGCCCCUUUUUUGGACUUUAAUGUUCAUUCAGUUGACAGUGCUGUUGAAUAGUCAAGCAAUGCUGUCCUCUGCCAGCUCUGUUUUGUUUUUUUGAUUUUACAUAAAAUAAAUCAUGAAAAACAGAUUUUAAAUGGGUUCUGCUGUCGGCAAUACUUCGCCCACCAUUAAAGUUGUUAUGUGAUUGAGGUACUCUUCAUUUUGAAAACAAAUAGACACUAUAGAAUUGUUAUUUAAGACAUUUUUUUAUGAACUUUCUAAGGUAUGUUGAAAUUAAUUGUGAACAUUGUUGAAAAUGCUUAUAUUUAUAAUUCAAUUAAAUUCAUAAAAAUACAAAAUGUUGAUCUUGAUAUUCAAAAGUAACAAUGUGUCAUCAAUAUCUCACAAGAGUCAGUGUGCAGAUGUCGUGGUUCCUCACUGGUUUGGUAACCAAAUGGGCAAAUGGGGUUACGCCAUAACUUAAUGGACCCGACCAUUAAAAAAUAUAAAAUAGUAUCCGUUUAAAUUAUGGUAGCCAGAACUAUAUUAGGCACUAUUUACAACAUAAAGGGUAGAAAAGAAGGUUGCCAAUGAUACAGUUAUUGUAAAAGUGAAGGUCAACAUGCAUGCUGUUAUUUCUUUUGAUUAUAUCCCAGAUCUCAUGAUAGAGAAAUACAUGGAUAUAUAUAAUUAAGGUUUUACAGUACACUCCUCUUUUAUAUAGCUGUUUUGAAAACAACAGGACUUGUUAUGGUAUGGCGUUGUCUACCAUGGGCUGUCCACCUCUCCGUCAGCAUUUUCUGUUUCAGCACGCUAAGAAUAGUAGCUGCAGCUUUUAAAAUUUUCCUGAUGAUUAAGCACCACUUCAGGAGGAUCCCUGCUGUUUUGAGGUCAAAAGGUCAAAGGGAAAGGUCACAGUGACCUGGAGACUGAGAAUGGUUUCCAAACUGGAAAUCAUAUAGGAUAGCAGCUAUGACUUUCAUGCAUUAUACACUGACUAAGUAACUCUAGAGAAAGACCCCUAUUGGUUUUAGGGGUCAGUGACUCAAGGGUUAAGGUCCUAGGGACCUGACUUAAUGUCUGUUUUUUGUUUCCGGGGUCAAGAUCACAAAGUAUAUUAGCUAAACCUUUCAAAAAUUGUCAAAAAUUAAUGUAAGAAUAUCACAAUUUGGAUGACAUUUUCACAAUAGAAUAAUUUCUACAAUGUAGAUUUUAAUGAAACUUUUUACAUUUGUAAAUGAGCCUAUUGUCUAUCAUAUUGUCUUCAGGGAAGGUCCUUUAGAUUUGCCUGAAAGACACAAGACUGCAAGUCAGUUGUACUUGGUAGACUGUGAUAUAUUUGUAAUAAACUUCAUCAAAAUUUAGCAUGCUAUACAAUGUAUAUUUAGCUAUACUGGGCAUUGUUCACUCUGCUUAAAGGUGCUUUCUCAGUAAAUUGUGUAUAUUAGUGCUGCUGUGUGAAAACCAAAGUUAAACUUUUGUGACCAGCAAAGAUCCAGAUCAGUGCACAUCCAUACUGUUCGUUUAUCCUCGCAUCCAUACUGUUCGUUUAUCCUCCCAUCCAUAUUGUUCAUUUAUCCUCGCAUCCAUACUGUUCGUUUAUCCUCUCAUCCAUACUGUUCAUUUAUCAUCUCAUCCAUACUGUUCAUUUAUCAUCUCAUCCAUACUGUUCAUUUAUCCUCUCAUCCAUACUGUUCGUUUAUCAUCUCAUCCAUACUGUUCAUUAAUCAUCUCAUCCAUACUGUUCGUUUAUCCUCACAUCCAUACUGUUCAUUUAUCCUCUCAUCCAUACUGUUCGUUUAUCCUCCCAUCCAUACUGUUCGUUUAUCCUCCCAUCCAUACUGUUCGUUUAUCCUCUCAUCCAUACUGUUCGUUUAUCCUCCCAUCCAUACUGUUCGUUUAUCCUCCCAUCCAUACUGUUCGUUUAUCCUCACAUCCAUACUGUUCGUUUAUCCUCCCAUCCAUACUGUUCGUUUAUCCUCCCAUCCAUACUGUUCGUUUAUCCUCCCAUCCAUACUGUUCGUUUAUCCUCCCAUCCAUACUGUUCGUUUAUCCUCCCAUCCAUACUGUUUGUCCCCACAUCCAUACUGUUUGUUUAUCCUCCCAUCCAUACUGUUCGUUUAUCCUCCCAUCCAUACUGUUCGUUUAUCCUCCCAUCCAUACUGUUCGUUUAUCCUCCUAUCCAUACUGUUUGUCCCCACAUCCAUAUUGUUUGUCCCCACUUCCAUACUGUUUGUUUAUCCUCCCAUCCAUACUGUUCGUUUAUCCUCCCAUCCAUACUGUUCAUUUAUCCUCCCAUCCAUACUGUUUGUUUAUCCUCCCAUCCAUACUGUUCGUUUAUCCUCCCAUCCAUACUGUUCGUUUAUCCUCCCAUCCAUACUGUUCGUUUAUCCUCUCAUCCAUACUGUUCGUUUAUCCUCUCAUCCAUACUGUUCCUUUAUCCUCCCAUCCAUACUGUUCCUUUAUCCUCCCAUCCAUACUGUUUGUCCCCACAUCCAUACUGUUUAUCAGUUUUAGCGCUUGAUAUUGGAACAGUGUGGUAGGAUGUGCAAGCUGAUCUGGAUCCAUAGUGGUAACAAAGUGUUAACAUUGGUUUUGGCACAGUAACACUUAAAUAUUUAAGGUUACUCAUUCACAGGGACAAUGAAAAUUUUCUGUUUGCUGAUAUGCUUACAACUGAUCUAAAUGGUACAUUUUCUAAUCAGAUUUAGUUAGCAACCAAAAUAUAUUACCGAGCCUUUCUGCAGCAGUCUUUAUACAGUUUCUAAAUAAAUUAAAUGUUGUUGACUAAACAUUGAAAUUAAAUUUACUCGACACUUUCAAGGAAAUUGUUGGAGCUUGUUUUAGGGAAAAACAAAAUCUAUGAAAAACUGGUACUGUAUACAAUCAUGUACAUGAAAAUACUCUAACAGAAUGUCUAUGUUGGUCAUAUUUCAGAACGAUUGCAAAUUUUUAUGCCCCCAGCAUCUACUGAUGCGGGAGGCAUAUAGUGAUUGUCCUGUCCGUCCGUCUGUCCGUCCGUUCGUUCAUCCAUACGACGUUAACCAAAUGGGACCGUUUAGUCUAGCAUCAAUACCCCUUACUAGAAUGACUUGAUACUAAUGCAGAUGUAACCUGUGACCAUUCCUCAUCUUCAGACAUCACCUGACCUUAGUUUGACCUUGACCUUGACCUCAUUUUGGACUUAGGUUGCUUUAUAUGGGCCAUCUCUUGGUUAACCAAAUGGGACCGUUUCGUCCACUGGCACCAGAUCAGAAAGAAAAUGCCUCCGUACGUGUUAUACCCUACCCCUAGGUAUUCUAUAAGAACCAUGGUCAUGAACGGGAAAGUGCACUAACCCGUUUCAAUCGUACAUUUCUCAACUUAAACGCGCAGUUCGGUGAAUGGGUACCUAGUAUAUUGAACAAGCGAUAAUUUAUCUUCCAUCUUGCACCAGUCACAUUGUCUCAAUAUUCCAUAUUGCUGAGAUUAUCAACAUAUUUUAUGCUUUCGUCAACGUUACUGAAAAAACUUGCUUGACCUUCCCUAAUGAACAUCCGGUCUAGAGGUCACGGCAGUGUGCACAUGUUUGGCGAAACGUAAACAAACAAAAACAGAAUUAAAUAAAAUCACAAUUUUACACUAAAACUCAUAAUGAUGAAUGAAAUUCAUCUUGUAUAUGAUCUUUAAUUUGAAAUCGUACAUUGGUCUGCAUCUGUUCUGUUUGUUUUAUUCAUUUUGCACAUUUAUGCUGCAUUUUCACAUUUUAUCGAACACGUAGUAAAAUGACGAUUGACAUACAUUUUCACAACAGCCAAUCAGAAUGGUUUUGUAAUCUAGAACGGAACUUCACCAGGGAAGUUCAAGCAAGUUUUUUGUGUAACGUUGAAAUAACUAUAAACUACGCGUUGUUUUUCUAAGAUAAGAUGUAUUGAAAACAUGUGACCAGUACACAAUGCAAGAUAAAUUACCACUUGCUUGAUAUCCAUAGUAAACAUUUACCACACUGCGUGUUUUAGAUAUGAAAUGCGCGAUUGAAACGGGUUAGUAUAUUUUCCCGUUCAUGACCAUGGUUCUUAUAGAAUACCUAGGGGUAGGGUAUAACAUGUACGGAGGAAUUUUCUUUCUGAUCUGGUGCCAGUGGUUUCGUCUAGCAUCAAUACCCCUUACAAGAAUGAAUUGAUACUAAUACAGAUGUAAACUGUGACCAUUCCUCAUCUUCAAACAUCACCUGACCUCAAUUUGACCUUGACCUCGUUUUGGACUUAGGUGCAAAAUCUAUCGACAAGGAUGCCACUGGGAGCAUCAAGUGUUUAUUGAACACAGCUCCUUGUUUUUGCCUUUUGUUAUAUUGAUUUAUACCAGAUAGGGAUAAUUUCCCAGUAUGUAUUGCAACAUUUCUUCCCUGUUGAGUAUAUGGAUUUAAGAUAGAGAGAUGGACAGUUUCACAAUUAUAAUUACUAGUUUGUCAUAUUUGUUAGAUGAUAUACCAGAUGCUUAAUCAGUGAUCAGAUAUGAAAUCUAAUAAUUCUGUAAACAAAAUCUGAAAUUGGGAUACUUAAUUUAUUAAAGGGAAAUAUGUCUCUAGAUGAACAUCAAAAUUUUAAUUUUUUAUAAUUAGAUAGUUCUGACAAGAUAUAUCAAAAAUGAUAAACACAUAUUAUGAUGCAAUUUUAAUGUUUACAAUAUAAAAUACAGCUAAAAUUCUUACUACUUUAUAUGAAAUUUCGAUUGACUAAAGUUUUGGAGAGUUUUACUACAAAGUUAACGUACUACAACUAUAUUACAGUAUUUCAUGAUUAAAAGGUGUCUAACUUCUUUAUUUCUGCUUUCUGUUGCAACUGAUAACUAAUAUUGAAGCAUUUUCUAUUUUGAAAAUUUUGACUGAAAUCUGAAGAUGUACCACUGUAAAGAACAUCAGGAGAUAUCACAAAGUCUUAAGCUGAGGUAAACUCCUUAAUGUAUAUCAAAGAAUCUGUUGUUCCUGAAUUGUAGGUGUAAAUGUGUCAUAGAAAUUAGUUAUUUUAUUUCUGUGACUGCCCUUA